UAGUAAUGCGCAGUGUUGAUGGUGUUGUUAUAGUUCCGUGUGAUUUUUCCUCAGGACCUCCGCAGUGUACGGAGUUUACCUGGCUCGGAUCCCCCUCAGUGUGUGGCUCUUGGCGUUCCGCUUGUGGGGUCGCUGGGCCGCCAGGGUUCCCCGUCUUCAUCCGCUAGGCAUGCACCUGUUGGGCUUGCUUUUUGGUUUCUCCUGGCACCUGAGGGAAUCCUGGGCAUGUAAAGCGCUUUUGAAAUGCUUUGGAUUCGUUGUGGCUAACCAAGGAGGCCAGUUAAAUCUGGAGGGCUGUAUGGAGUAGGCUAUUUGAUCAACCCCCUAACACCCGCCUUCUAUCCCUCCCUGCGAGCUUUUUGCCAAAUGUGCAAGGGUUGUAUUCCAUCUGGGGCUGAAACCCUUGGGGCCAGGAAAGGACUUUCUGUAAUAAUAAGUGGAAAGGAACUGACCUUUCCUGAGUACAGUAAUUGAUUAGUUACUGUAGAGAAGUUAUCAUGCUUUUUCAUCAGUAAUAGUAUUUUUAAGCUUCCUUUAAUUUUAAUAAUUCUAGUAGGCGAUGCUCCCUUCCCCCACCCUGUUUUUUCUUUUGGUAGUUUUUAGAUAGAGAAGACCUUAACCUAUUCACGGUUGCAUAGUUCUUGGAAUUAUUCAAAAGGCAGAGGCACAGAGUAUCAGGCAGCGGAGGGUUCUUCUAAGACCAAUUUUUCUAUUGACUCGGAAGGUGACCAGAGAAUGGAGAGAAAAGUAAGCCGAAUCUGUCUUGCUUCAGAACCCAAUAUAAUUCAUUUUCUACAAGUAUCUUGGGAGAAAACACUAGGAUCUGGUUUUGUUGUUACACUUACUGAUGGUCAGUCAGUGUGGACUGGGACAGUUUCUGCAUCAGAGAUUUCCGAGGAAGCUGAUGACAUUGCAAUGGAAAAAGAGAAAUAUGUUGAUGAACUGAGAAAAGCAUUGGUGUCGGGAGCAGGACCAGCUGAUGCAUACAAGUUUCAUUUUUCUAAAGAGUCUUGUCAUUUCUCCUUUGAGAAAAACCUGAAAAAUGUUUCAUUCAGGCUUGGUUCCUUCAACCUAGAGAAAGUUGCAAGCCCAGCUGAGGUCAUUAGAGAGCUUAUUUGUGACUGCCUGGACACCAUUGCAGAAAACCAAUCCAAAAACCAGCACCUGCAGAAAGAAAAUGAACGGCUUCUGAGAGAUUGGAAUGAUGUUCAAGGACGGUUUGAAAAAUGUGUGAGUGCUAAGGAGACUUUGGAGGCUGAUCUUUAUAAACGGUUUAUUCUGGUGCUGAAUGAGAAGAAAGCAAAGAUCAGAAGCUUACAUAAAUUACUAAGUGAAGUUCAAGAACUGGAAAAGAAUGCUGAACAUGACAGGGAAACUGCAACUUGUUCUCAAGUGAGUGCUGACAGAGAUGCAGUCUAUGAUGAAAGUACCGAUGAAGAAAGUGGAAACCAGCCUGAUCCCUCUGUGUUAUCUCCAGCCACUUUAAGAGAAGAUGAUUCCAUUUUUUCGAGUCCUGAUGUCACUGAUAUUGCACCAAGUAGAAAAAGGAGGCAGCAGAUGCAAAAAAAUCUUGGAACAGAACCUAAAAUGGCCUCUCAGGAGCAUCAGCUUCAAGAAAAGGAAAAGCUUGAUCCUUCACUACCUCAGACAUUGAAAAAGGAACACAGCUCAGCUGAAAACAUGUCCUUAGAAACUCUAAGAAACACCAGUCCAGAAGACCUCUUUGAUGAGAUUUAACUGUCUCAGAAAAGUACUUUGAUGUUCACUUGAUUAUGUUUUCUAUUCAUUUCUUUAAACCGAAAAAGCAAAGUUUCAACUCAGCAGCAGCUAUUACUGUACCUUACAAUUUAAUUACAUACACACUGAGUUGAAACCAUUGUGCGAAAUGGAUUACACAUGUAUAUGAAGAUAUGAUUUGAUGACAGUGCCACAUUAUUCUAAACUAUUCAUUCAGCAUGCCUAUAAUUACAUAAAACCUCAGACUUUUUGUUGCAGAAGACACGUUUAUCCUUAUUCAAUUCACACGUAUUAUAUGUGGUAGCUCUCUAACAACCUGUCUAGGAAGAUUUGGAAAUAGGACAAAGAAAUCAUCUUUAAAAAAAAAAAAAAAAAAACUAUAGUUCUUUUCUGAACAGUCAUAUUCUGAACAAUGAUGUUUCAGCAUUUUAAUUUUUGAGAUGAUGUAUGACAUCUAUCUUUAGUUUGUACAUAAACAGUCAGAAAAUCUGAUAAUGAAAUUUCUGAUGCAUUGA